AUGUACCGGUCCACGAAAGGAGCCUCCAAGGCACGGCGGGAUCAAAUCAAUGCAGAGAUUAGACAUCUCAAGGACCUGUUGCCCAUUGCUGAAGGGGAUAAACUUCGGCUGUCUUACCUGCAUAUCAUGUCGCUGGCAUGCAUCUAUACUCGAAAAUCCAUCUUCUUCUCCAAAGGUGCGACUUCGGAAGGCUCGGAGAGCUUGCUUUCCUCCCAGGACUUGGAAGAUUUCAUGCAGACCCUUCCAGGUUUCCUUCUGGCAUUCACUGGAGAAGGCAAACUGAUCUAUGUGUCGGAGAAUGUGGCCGAGCACCUCGGGCAUUCUGUGGUGGAUUUAGUUGCCCAAGGAGACAGCAUCUACGAUAUCAUUGACCCAGCAGAUCAUUUUGUGAUGAGGAAUCAGCUGGUAUUGCCUUCACCAAUAAAUACCGACCGUCUCUUCCGCUGUCACUUUAACACGUCCAAGACAAUCCGGCGCCAAAGUGCAGGAAAUAAACUGGUUCUGAUUCGCGGCCGCUUCCACCAACCUCCGCCGGGUUCCUACUGGUCGACCAAUCCGGUCUUCACUGCCUUCUGCACCCCUCUGGAUCCCAAACCCAGAAUGGAUCAAAAUUCUUUCUUCCUGUCUGCUUUUGAGAGUCGCCACACAAAAGACUUAGCCAUUGUGGACAUCUCUGAAAGCGUGAUCUUCCACUUGGGCUUCGAGAAAAGUGAGCUCUUCUGCAAAUCGUGGUACAGCUUGAUCCAUCCAGAAGACCUCAGCCACGCUUCAGCCCAGCACUACCGGCUGUUGGGCGACCAAAGCAGCAUGCAAACUGAAAUGGUCAUCCGACUCCAAACAAAAGACGGCGUAAGCUGGAUAUGGAUCUACUCACUGCUUCGCAUUGAGAAUGCUGAGGUCCCCAUCGUUUCUCACAACUACGUCAUCAGCGAUUCAGAAGCUUGGUGCCUCAAGCAACAGGUCUCUGCUGAAGGAUCCCAAGUGGCGUACGCCCUUGAAAGCACCACCACCACCACCUUCCUGGAAGGUCUCCUGUCUCCUGGACAACUUUCCAGCCCUGACCAAGUCUUCACGCCCGUGGCUGGCACCCCCACCAGCACUCUUGUUGCCCCGACCUUCGACUUCAGCUCCGCCGGGGGCACCGAAGGCCCCUCGGCCUUCAGCGAGACUUCUGAAAGCCUGCCCCAGGAGGUGAUGGAUUCUGGCAAUAUCUCCUCCAUCGAGGAUGCCCCGCCAGGCUCCACCCUGAGCCUUCUCAGCAAAGAAGCAGGCUUUGGGUACCUCAUCCUCCCCCAAGGCUACGAACAGACUUUUCGGAGCGAGAACCCGGGCAGCUCCUCUUCCUCCAAAGAUUUCGUCUGCACCCCUCCCUACACCCCUCACCAGAGUUCAGCUUUCCUGUUUGGAGCUCAGGAGCUUUAUGGACCCCCUAGCGCCCCUGCUGCCAUGCCAGCUGGGACAGCUUCUCCUGGUGCCACCAGCGCCACCCCUCCCACCACCAUCACGGCCAUGACCACCUCCGAGCUGUUCUUCCCCCAAGAACAAUGCAGUGUUCUCUAUGAGAAGUUACCACCCACCCCGGACAGCCCUGGUAAUGGGGACUGCACUAUCAUGACGUUGCCUGAGAUCAGAGGUCCCCUGUAUGUCGAUGUGCCUAUGGUACCAGAGGGGAUCCUGACUCCCGAGGCCUCGCCCAUCAAACAGACCUUCUUCAGAUAUUCUGAAAAAGAGAAAAACGAAAUCGAACUGCUUGCCCAGCAGAUCUGUAGCCUGGCAGAGACUUUUGGCUCCACCGCCUCCAGAGAACUCGCCAAGAAUGGCCAGGUGGCUCUCAGAGAGGCCGCACCGGGCCCCGUCCCUGAACCAUCUCCCGUGCCAGAGCCUUGCCUGGAUUUCCAACUUCCCAAGAACUGGAGGAGCGUUGACUUCUCUGUCCUGACCUGCCUGGAGGACGAUCUCCUGGAAGAGAAGGCUCUCGAGACCCUUUUCCAAGACCUGCCAGCCUUUCUGUUCGAGAAAGGUGGAGCAGGAAUGAGGUGCCCUCACCACCAGUUCUGCGGUGGCAAUGUCAGUAGUCCAAUCGGCUUGGACACCGAAGAUAGUAGCCAAGGAGCCUUUGCUCCCUCGCCAAGUACGGACAUACCUCCAGAACAGCAAUGUUUUUUGGAAGAAUUGGCCUCCUUUGAAACAGCCUUUGAGACACGUGCCUCAAACUCUCCCUGUGAUGGGUUAGACGAGUUGUAUCAACUCCAGAGCCACAGGCAAGAAGGCUUCCAUGAAG